GUUGCCAGUGCACAGGAGUGGCGUGGUGGCGGUUUGCGUAACGUGAUGUGGGAGUAUCUUGCUCGCAAGUGCAUGUCACACUUUUUGUAUUGAAUUGGGGCGCAUAGUUUGGGAAGGCAGAAAGAAGAAUUUGGAUUUAUGUGUGCAACCAAAUACGUUUGGAAAGAUUUUCGAGCCGUCGCUUGUUGGAUCGUUCACACAGAACUAACUUCAAGUGGAAACCACCUUCAUCGUUCUCAAGAUGAGUGCCGGGGUCUUUGACAUGGAACUCCAUGAAACUGACGGGAGGGAUGAGUGCUCAGAAGAUGACGAUAUCAUUGACGUUGAACAGGAGUUUGACCAUCAGCCGGAUGUGAAUGCCAUCUUGAACCAAGAGGGUGUGGAGAGGCUGGCCCUGAACGAGAGCACGGUGAACAUCGGCAAGGAGCGUGUCGGCCCCAAGGACUUCGAGCUACGUAAAGUCCUCGGCAAGGGUGGCUACGGAAAAGUGUUUCAAGUGAAGAAGACGUCUGGCAAGUAUGUCGGGAAAGUUUUCGCCAUGAAGGUGUUGAAGAAGGCGACUAUUGUUCGAAAUCAAAAGGACACGGCACACACUAAAGCGGAACGGAAUAUACUGGAAGCGGUCAAGCACCCGUUCAUCGUGGACCUGAUGUACGCGUUCCAAACGGGCGGCAAGCUGUACCUGAUCCUGGAGUACCUGUCCGGCGGCGAGCUGUUCAUGCACCUAGAGCGUGAGGGCAUCUUCAUGGAGGACACAGCCAGCUUCUACCUGUCGGAGAUCAUCCUGGCGCUCGAACAUCUCCAUCUGCAGGGCAUCAUAUACAGGUACGUCUCUAGGGCCACGUGGAGGACGUCUUGUUCGGAUGCGAAUGCGCAGCCCGCCAGUGUGAAGAUGACAUGA